UGACGUCCCUGAUGUCGCGAGAAGAGCGUUUGGAUAAUUCCCGCGCAUGCGCACUCAACGCGUCUUGCUCAAUGUUUUUGUUUCAACCAACGCUGUCGUCUGUCUGUUAUCACAAGAUGGAAACGGCAGGUGUAACGAUAGCAGUCAGUGUGAUCUCCCUUCUGUUCGCCUCAGUGUCGUGCUCAGAGUUGUCGCCCAGGCAACUGAAUACGGAAAACAUCCUGAUCAACGUGACGGCGGGGACACUUGCGGACACACAGCUGCAAGACUCCAGCAACUUGCAGAUCAACUUAAACAUAUCGGUGGGCGAAGAGCAGGUGUUGGUCAAUGACAUCCCAGUAGAGCUGUCGGGGGUCACCAGGUUCAACUGUCAAGCUCUUCUCUUAGACGGCAUUAAUGGAACUAGUGAGUUUGAGUCCGGGGAAGUGGUGUCCACUGUCACUCGGGUGAUGGUGAGCCAGAACCGGCUAUACAGCGACUCAGAGGAGGUGGUGGCUCUGCAGGUGUUCAGUGAAGUGAUAGAGAUGGAAGGCAAAGAGGUCCAGCAGCCUGACAUGUGUGAGGUGAAAAUCCUGAUGAGCCCAGAUUUCCAGAAGCUUGCUCAGUUUACCAACAUCUACCCAAUCGGACACAGUGAGAUCUUCAGGGUUCCCCGGGAGAACGACGUGGUUGUCACAGAUCCGCCAAAUCCCAGAAAAGACGAAGAACAGCUGAUGUCCCAGACCACCAGCCAGUACCCCCUGAAGCACACGGAGACCACGCAGGAGGAGAUCGCAGCACCGGGAAAGCUCCCGGAGACUCCGCUUCGCAUGGACCCCGACCUGUUGUACGAUGUCAAAUACGAUGAUGACUUUGACGUCAAAGAGCCGAGCCAGCCGGACCAGAUUCAGAUGGAAACGCCCCCCAAAGAAUCUUUAUCCUCUUACUCUGCCAUGUGUCAGUGGGUGGAGGGAGUGAGGGAACGUCUGAGGCGCUUCAGCUCCGAGUCGCUGCCUCUUUUCUUCCUGGUGAUGUGGGUGGUGGUGAUCGGCGUCGUCGGGUCAGCGGUCAUCGUAAAGAUCUUGGACAUGUUCUUCCCGACUUGUGAACACAAGCACAUUUUUCACAUAAACCCUGUCACUCUCAUGCCUGAGGACGAGAAGCACACUCUGCUAGAGAGCAUAGAAUUAGAGGCAGAAGAAGAAGAAGAGAAGAAGCCUUGAGUGAGAAUUGACUUGGCCAGCUCUUUUAGUUUCAGUUUGUUCUUAUUCGUUCUUUAACCUUGGUUACUGUCUAACAUUUCCAGCAUUUGUCGCUAGCCCGUAUUCAGAUUUGUGAAGCAGUUGGUUUUGUUUUCACCUUGGUUAACCCCUUUUAAGCAAAACAGCCACAGAGCAGGAGCAGACCACCUCACAGAUUGUUGGAUCCACGCGAGUCCACCUCAAAUUUAGUCCAAUGAUCAAAAUGGAAAAAGAAAGUGAGCAAUUCAUAGCGCUGAUGUUGUGAUGUCAACAGUGGAGGCAAUGAGAGCUGCCAGAUCAAAUACCACUCUUCCAGGUUGGAUGGUUGGUCGGCUAGCAGUGCAUCGACCUGAGUCUGCGCAAACAGCUCACAGCACGGAAAGGGAACAGUCACACAUGCGGGAAUGAGGCGGUAAUUGUUCCGAACACACACUCCUUUGCUAUUGGUUUUAGGCUGCGACAUCGCCCGGUCACACAUCAUCAAAGUUGCAAUCUGCCGAUGCAAAUUUCGCGCAUGUGUGAUUGGUCAGAUAGCGUUUACGGAAAGCCCUGUUUAUCAAGUCAAAAAUGAAAUCAUGUUACUUUUUACUAGAAAGGACCUAAUUCAGUACGUUUGCUUCAACCACUUCCAAAACAUGCCGUAGUAACGUGUCUCAUUCUUCCAAAUUCGUUUCAUCAUUAUUGUUUUAAAAUGUAAAGGCAUUGUGUAUAUCUUGAAGGCUUUGAACUUAAAGGAAUAGUUCAACAAUUUGGUGCAGACACUUAUUGGCUUUUUGAUUGGUACCACGUCAUGUCACACAGCUAGCUUGCAUGUCAUAUCUUGUUCGAUUAAUAUGUAGAAAAAAAGUUUAAAAAGGAUUACGCCCCAGCACAGUGACUUCCUAGGGAUUUAUCAUGUGGUUGCCAGGCAACCAGCAGAGAUAAAGUCAGGAAGUCGGUCUUUUGACCCUCGCAUCCAACACUGAGCAUGAGAGGAAAUGAGCGCACACUCCUCAACUGUCGAACUAUUCCUUUUAAGCGAAUAUAGACAAGACAUCCUCAAAGUGCUCAGAAUACAAAGAAGGCAGGCCUAGAAGACACCCAAGACAUAAGCAGACAUGAUAACUCCAGGUUUAACAAAUUAAUAAGAACAAACUGGACAUUUCAGGGGCUGCAUCCAAUCAUUUUUCGAGCCUUUGUGUUCACUGAAAAGACGUUCUAGAUGUAGCAGCUCUGUAAAGGUCACACUUUGUUCUCACACAAUGCUUUUACUCCAAAAAUACACCCCACUGCUGAGUGUGAAGAAAACUAAGGCAGCAAAUGCACUAUGAGGAGUUUACUCAAUAUAUUAUUUAAAAGGAGGCAGGCUUUGCCUUCUGUCUGUCGUCCUUUUAAGUGAAGAUAAAGAAGAAUAGACAUUACAUUUGAAUCUGUUGUUAUGUAAUGAUAGCUCAGAUGAAGUGAAGUAAUAUUUAACCUAAAAGAAAAUAAGAUGCAGCUUACUGUCUGGAAAUGUUAUGACAAAUCUUGUGACUGCACAUUCAGUGAGAACUUGUUUAAACCCUGAAUGUCACUUCUGAAAAAAAAAAAACCUCCCUUUGAGGCCUGUUUUCCACUAUUGAGGCUCAUAUUGAUUGUGUUUCUUCACAGUGCCUCUGUGACUAUCAGUUAUGGAGGGAUUGCAAUUGAUUUUCUUUGAUUGAGUUGAUGUGUGGUUUCCUGUUACUAAUAAUGGAGAGUGGAAGAGAGGCCGUUCAGAUUGUCUAUGCACUCUAAGUGCAGAGACUGGACCGAUGUAAAAUACAGUGUGUGCACAAAACAUAUUGCAAGUGUGUAAAUUAUUGUGAUAAAGGAAUAGAAUCUGCACUUAGCUUUGACAUUUGGAGUGAAAACUGGACUUUACUCUGCAUGUUUUUUUUUUUUUUUUUUUUUUUUCAAUUUUUGUUGGAGAUUAUGGGAAAUAAUGGCGUGAGGGACCAUGGAGGUGGGCACCAGGCUGAUUAUUGGUUGAAAAAGUGUUUUAACAUUGUUUUGUGUUAUUUUAUUUAAUACUGUACCCGUCAUUCUUUUCUCAAAAAAACCACCCCUAAAACAUGAGGUAGUAUGGAAUAGUAUAAGGGCCAGGCAUAAUGGAAUAUUUUUUUUAAAUAACGACGACAUGUUUCAUUAAAUGCACUAGUAUUUAGAUUUUUCCUCCAAAGUUCUACGUUUACUCUUUACAUUUCCAUCCAAUUCUCAUAAUGGUAUUAAGACUUUAUUCUCAAUAUUUCAACUUUAUUCUCAUAAUGCUUAAGUCCUCAUUUUUUCCCCCUUAUACCUGGCCCCGAUACUCCUCCGUAGCUUGUGUACCUCAGAACUGCUGAGGUUGUGAUCUUGUUUCCCCGGGCCAGAAUGCAUGAUGUACUGCGUUAGCAAAAAGGUGCAUGUGUAGUCUAGCUAGUGAAUGCAGUUAGCUGUUCAACGGCAAAACUAAGAAGCUGCAUGACGACUCAAAAGGUUUAACCUGUCUUGGGUUCAGCCUCAAAUUCCAAAUUUAAAACUCCAUACAACUAAGUUCUGUAGAUGACACUAAAUUAGCCUGCAAGUCAAACUAUGUUGGGCAUGAGUUCAGAUGUGUUGCUGAAGAAUAAAACAACAAAAAUAUGGUUUGAUUAGCUCUUUGUUUAAAUGGGGGUAUACCCCAUGUGUUACUAUUUUUAGACAAUUGUGUGCAUACAUUGUAUGAAUUACAGCUGGACUGUUUAUUUGGGUCUAUAAUCCCGCUGAUUAAACGCUUUCCUUAUGAC